AUGGCAGAUGAUAGGCAGCUUCAUGUGGUGAUGUUCCCUUGGUUUGCACAAGGCCAUAUAACACCCUUUCUAGAGUUGGCCAAGAGCCUCCUCACUUCUGGCCUGAGAAUAUCCUUCGUCUCAACUCUGGUUAACAUUGCACGGACUAAAAAGAAGAUAGUCCUUGGAAUUGAGCCAGUGGAGCUCCAAUUGCCAUCCAUGGAUGGGCUGCCUACAUGUGUUGAGUGCAUGACAGGUUUAUCAGAGAUAAGAAGAACAGACUUAGUGCAGCUUCUCUUCCAAGCGAUAGAUAUUUGUGAGCAGCCCUUUGGAGCACUGAUGAAACUGCUUUCCCCAGAUUUUGUCAUAUUUGAUGCGGCACUGUGUUGGACUCCUCGGGUUGCCAACAAAAUGGCCAUUCCCACCAUAAAUUUCAUGGUAGUUUGCAUGGCGGCCACGAGUUUCAAAAUAGGAAAGCAUAGGCAACGACUACCCGAAAUCCUGAUGGUCGAAGAUCUGACUGUACCGCUACAUGGAUUACCCUCAUCGGUUGUCUGCUUUCAACCAUUUGAAGCCCAGAAGGAAAGUAAGGGACUCACCUUCAUGAACCGCCUUUCUAUCUCUAUGGAGGAAAGUUGGGCAACGCUUAGCAAUACUUGUCGAGAGUUGGAAGGCAAAUUUGUGGACUAUUUUCAAAGAAGCACCGAGCAGUUCAUGUUUCCCAUGGGGAUUUCCAUGACCAGCCUAUGGCCUCAGCCUGAUGCAGAUAGUUGCUUGGCAUGGCUGGACAGGCUACCCACUCAUUCUGUUGUGUUUGCGUGCUUCAGCAGUGAAUGCCCUCUCUCCGUCCAAGAUCUUGAUGCUCUCCUGUUGGGGUUGGAGGAAAGUGAAAUUUCGUUCCUUUGUGUUCUUUUCGGCCAUGUGGGGUAUGAGUUGCACAGAGUGUCUGAGGAUCACACCCAUGGCAGAGGACUCGUGGUUACAGAGUGGGCGCCUCAAUUGCACAUUUAA